AUGUAUGCUUUAUUGGCUAUAUGUGUCACACUAUGUCCAACAAGAUUAGAUGAAAAUAUCCAACCUUAUUUAAAAGAAAAAUAUGGAGAACAUUUGUCAAAAAUGCAACGUGGUGAAGAAGGUAUUCAAACAUUUGAAGAUUUAUUUUUAUAUGCUUGUCCAAAGUUUAUUUCACCAAAUGGUCCAAAUUUUGAUGAUCCAAAUGUAUUGAAUCAACUUAUUGAACCUCAUCGUCAUCAUGCAAAAAUUUUUAUCAAUGAUGCUCGGCACCAUAUAUUAAUUCCAACAUUAAGAUCUUAUUUGAAAUUAUAUACAACUAUGAGUAUUGAUAAGCUGGCAACCUUUUUAGAAACAGAUCCUGAAAAAUUAAGAUCACAAUUGCUUGUUGUUAAACAAAAAUCACGUCAACAAAAAUGGACUAGUGGAACAUUACUUGAAGGAGAAUAUGCUACCACUUCUGAUCUUGACUUUUGUUUAAAACAGGAUAUGAUUCAUAUUGCUGAAUCAAAAAUUGGUAGACGAUUUGGAGAUUUUUUCCUGCGUCAUACAAAUAAAUUUCAGGAUAUUCUUGCUGGAAUGGGAAAUCGAUAA